CGUCACUCUUGCGGAUGCGCACCACUCUUUGGGCACCGAUGGGGUGGGUGACCAUGCCGCCCCAUGCGCUUUGGAGACUGGCCGCAAGCCUGCCGCCAGUGACAUGCCCCGGUGCGUCACUAGUCCCACCCACUCCAGGCGCGCACAACUCUGAGUAGGAGCGUAGCCACCGCGGAUUGCAUAUAUGACCACAACGCCGGAUUGGCGGACGCAAAUCUGCACUUUGACGACUUACGACCGUUGACGACCGCAUAUACUCACAUCGAACGCACCUAAUUUGACCCAUCAACACCGACAUGUCUACCGGAAGAGUUCUUAUCGUCCUUUCCGACGCCGACUCGUACCCUGUCCACAAGCAGGACGGCUCGACCACCGACCAGGAGACCGGUGUCUUCCUGACCGAGCUCGCCAAGCCUCUCGAGCAGCUCCUCGAGAAGGGCUACAACGUAACGUUCGCCUCGCCUUCCGGCAAGCGUCCGAACAUCGACCCGCUCUCGCAGUCGCUCAUGGUCUACUACGGCAACUGGCUCCGGCGGCGCCACGAGAACGAGCUCUUCGACAAGAUGACGCAGGAGAGCAACCUCGACAACCCACGCCCCUUCGCGUCCUUCACGGACGACGAGCUCGCGGGCUACGCGGGCGUGUUCAUCCCCGGCGGGCACGCGCCCAUCCGCGACCUCGGCGACAACCCCGAGCUCGGCCGCAUAAUGUGGCACUUCCACAACCUUCGCAAGCCCACCGCUACGAUCUGUCACGGCCCGCUCGCGCUCCUCUCCACGAAGUACGCGCCAAACUCGCCCGGCUUCGCGUACGAGGGCUACCAGCUCACGUCGUGGUCCGACGCGGAGGAGCGCCUCGUCGAGCGCAUGCAGGGCGGCGAGAUCCCCAAGGUCGAGUCCACGCUCGCCUCGGAGGGCGCGCAGAUGGUGUCCACCGCCGGCAAGAAGCUCGGCGGCAUCACGAUCGACAGGGAGGUCGUCUCGGGUGCGAACCCGAUGGCGGCGGACGCGCUUGGCUCCAAGUUUGUCGCGAUGUUGAGCGCGUGAGAUGAGUUGGCUCAUUGUAAAGACGAUUGGAGUUGUGGUGUAUGAUAUAAUAGCAUACUGUGGUGUACGAUAUAAUAACAUACUCGUUCCGUGAUACGGAGGGGCUCGCUA